CAAUGUCUGGCCGUGGAAAGGGCGGAAAGGGCCUUGGCAAGGGCGGCGCGAAGCGUCACCGCAAGAUUUUGCGCGACAACAUCCAGGGUAUUACGAAGCCCGCUAUUCGCCGCCUCGCUCGCCGUGGUGGUGUCAAGCGUAUCUCUGGCCUCAUCUACGAGGAGACUCGCGGUGUUCUGAAGAUAUUCCUUGAGAACGUCAUCCGCGACUCUGUUACCUACACUGAGCACGCGAAGCGCAAGACUGUCACUGCGCUCGACGUCGUCUACGCCUUGAAGCGCUCAGGGAAGACGCUCUACGGCUUUGGUGCAUGAUGGAUUUUUGGGACCUGGUUUCUUUCUCGCUUUGUAUCUCACUGUACACUACUGUAACACUAUACUCGCCAGCACAACAUCCUUACACGCGUAUGCCCAGUGCGCCAUGACAAUGCAUUGCAUGCCAUAA